AUGUUUCAUCUUUAAAUGCUGUGUUUUAUGUGAAAAGUGAAAAUGGCUUCAAGAGGAACAACAGAAACCAGUAAGCUAAAGCAAAACUUGGAAGAGCAACUGGAUAGGUUAAUGCAACAGCUUCAAGAUUUGGAAGAAUGCAGAGAGGAGCUAGAUGCAGAUGAAUAUGAAGAGACCAAAAAAGAAACUCUAGAACAGCUGAGUGAGAUCAAUGACUCACUGAAGAAGAUCAUGUCUGGAGAUAUGACUCUGGUGGAUGAGCUCAGCGGCAUGCAGCUGGCAAUACAAGCAGCCAUCAGCCAAGCAUUUAAAACUCCGGAAGUAAUUAGAAUGUUUGCAAAAAAACAACCAAGGCAAUUAAGGACAAGGUUGGCAGAGAUGGACCGAGACCUGAUGGUUGGGAAAUUGGCACGAGACCUCUACACACAGCAGAAAGUGGAAAUCCUGACUGCCCUCAGGAAGCUUGGUGAGAAGCUGACUCCAGAUGAUGAGGCUUUCUUGUCAGCAAAUGCUGGUGCAGCUCUGAGCCAAUUUGAGAGAGUCUCCACGGACCUUGGAUCGGGAGACAAAGUCUUUGCUCUAGCGAGUUUUGAAGUAGAAAAGGCAAAACAAUGAAGAGGUGCGUGGGGCUUGAAUCUCUCCAGUUGUCAGGAGUAUUGGAAUUCUGUCAUAUUGUAACUGUUUUUUUUUCUAUUUCUGAGAUAUUGAAACAAACAAACAAAAAGAACUAAACCUCUUGGAUUCUUAAUCAGAAGAUAUGAAGUAAGCAGACUUCAAGUGCACUUUGGAACUCUGGUGUUUCUGUCCCUCAGUAACAUAAUCUCUGAGGCUAAACACUAAGUGGUACUCUGAAAACAAAACCUUAGUAUGAUUAUCUUCGAAAAGAAUUAGCUGUUUUCAACUUUUCCAAAUGUGUAUUUCUCUAACUAUUAAAAUGUCAUCUUUUUGC